AUGACCGGCGCCCGUGGGAUGCCCAGCGGCGCGAUAAUGUCGCCUCCUGACUCAGCUAGUGACGACGAUGACCCCCCGGACGUCCGCGGCCGGCAAAUAGAGAACCUUAAGGAGCUUCACGAUGCCGUCAGCCAAAUUCCUCAACAAAGGACACAGCUGCCGACAAAUAGUGCUGCAGCCGGUGAGGAGGCGCCUGAUGCUGGAGACCUGCUCCUACUCCCCGCACAGGCGAGCGCUCUAGCUGAGGGCAUGCAUCACAGCUUCAGCACAGGAUCGCUCGGGGAACUCAAGGGCAGAGGCAACCGGCGGUUCACUCACACAAGGUCGGCCACUGAGCCCCAUAUCUCAAUCAGCAAGUCCGCCGCCAGUUCGGUCACCGGGUCUGAGGAGGAGUCUGACGAAGACGGACUUCGGAAACCCCAAAUGGUGCGCAAGAAGUCUGGCGAACUCGUCCGGCCCGCUCUGCGCCCCGCGUCUCGGAGGCGACCUUCGAGUAUGCCCGGCACCCCCACCUAUUCGAAGGUGGUGCACUUUGACUCGCAUCUCGAACACGUCCGGCAUUUCCUCCAAGUUGACAGGCCGCUCGCCGUUAGUGCAGGUUCUUCGCCCGUCGAUAACUACGAAAGCGACGUCGAAUAUCCCUUCUCGGGCGAUGAGCGGUCGACCGCGCGGACCCCUCCAUUUGAGUGGGAGAUCAUCAUGACUAACUUCCCUGUCGAGACUCCAGUACGCAAGGCGCAGCCGGUUCGCCUAGAGAGGGUAUGGCUAUCAAAUGAUCAGAAGUCCCUCAUUGGGUCGAUCGCGGUCGCCAACCUGGCGUUUCAGAAGCUGGUGGCUUGUCGGUUCACUCUCGACUACUGGAAGACGACGUCGGAAAUCGCGGCUGAGUAUGUCUGCGAGGUCCGCGGUGUUGACACCUCGUACACACAGGACAGGUUUAACUUCACCAUCAAGCUGUCCGAUUUGGCCAACCUGGAAGCCAAGACCCUCUACUUCUGCAUUCGUUACACGGUUAACGGACAGGAGCACUGGGACAACAACAACGGAACCAACUUCCAGGUUGACUUCCGGAAGAAGAUGCUUCCGCAGAACGGCAAGAAGUCCUUCACUGGCACCGCUUCCCGUUCCUUCGGUGGGCUGCCCAAGAGCAAUCGUCGGUCAGGGCAAAAGUCAAAGCAGGCAACUCUAUCUUCUGAUGAGUUUGGCGGGAACCAGAAGCCAAACUUUGACAAGUCGAUCCACGACUACCUCGGAGAAUCGGGCUCCACGGGGCUCCGGCUAAAGGGAGUAAAGAGCGCUGGUGACAUUGCUAGCGACAACCUGUCCAACGGCUUGUCUGGGCCCAGCGGCCAAUUUGCCCUGCGGUACGACUUCGGUAACUCCCUCAGCAGAGCUAUCCAGAGCGCCAAGAACGAUACCAAUGGAAAGUCGGACGGCUUGUACAUGAAGUCCAACAAGAAGAGCGGCUUUCCGAUUGCCGUGAGGACUGGGGCCGAAAAUAUGACGACACGGCCGGUCGGCUCCAGGCCCGAUUCGACAAGUGCUAUACCCACGACCGCGUCUCCUGCAGAUUCGCCGAGCACCGGUAUAUCAUCCGCCUCGUACGAGGAAAUCGUCAACAAGUGGUGCUUUUACGGUUCUAAGCCGAAAGUACCAUCAUCGCAAACGCAAACUGGCACACCAGAGAGCAGCACGGCAAGCUACGAUGGAAGCCCAGUUCAAAUGGGCAACUACCACCACUCGCACAGCGGCACGCAGCACCAUUCGCUACACCCCCAAGACGUAGGCCCGUAUUUCCCGCACCUACCGGGCCCAAGAACGAUGGGAGCCUCCGCUGCUGAGCACCCUCAGGGGCAGACGCUGAGCCCACCGCCUGCCCAGGCUGCCGGUAAACCGGCGCGCCUACAGACUACUGCCGAGGACUUUGCCCAUCUCGCCGGUACGUCGCCGCACGAAUAUCUAUAUCAACACCCGCAUGACCGUUUCUCCUUCCGUGGGCCCGAAACUUAUGCGUUGGCGGCGAUUAGGGGUUGA